UUGCGAGGGUUGGACACGGAAGCUGUUGCAUGGGAACGAGAUCUUUCGGAGGGUGACUGGGUGUCGGGUGAGCGGUGCGGGGCAGAAUGGCAGAGAGAGAGCGUGGGAGGGGAGGCUCGUGCGCCGGCGAGCAAAUCGUGUGUCAGACUCGUGGCAGAGGGGUCAGCGCGAGAGAAAGAACGACACGAACCGAACGUUUUCUGGGCUUAGCGGGAACGUAAGAAAUCCGCGGAAGGAUGAACGACAUGGAAGCUUAUGGGGACGGAUACAUGGAGCCGGAGGAAGAGUGGGAGAGGGAUGGUCUUUUGGAUCCAGCCUGGGAGAAACAGCAGAAAAAGACAUUCACAGCAUGGUGUAAUUCGCAUCUUCGUAAAGCAGGAACCGCCAUCGAAUCGAUCGAGGAUGAUUUUAGAAACGGAUUGAAGCUGAUGUUGCUGCUCGAAGUAAUUUCAGGCGAAACUCUACCAAGACCAGACAGAGGCAAAAUGAGAUUCCACAAGAUCGCGAACGUGAACAAAGCUCUCGACUAUAUCGCUAGUAAAGGCGUUAAAUUGGUUUCCAUAGGAGCGGAGGAAAUCGUGGAUGGCAACCUGAAGAUGACAUUGGGUAUGAUCUGGACGAUUAUUUUGCGAUUCGCUAUACAAGACAUCUCCGUGGAGGAAAUGACUGCCAAAGAGGGUCUUCUGCUAUGGUGUCAGCGCAAGACAGCGCCGUACAAGAACGUCAACGUUCAGAACUUCCACCUGUCGUUCAAGGACGGUUUGGCGUUCUGUGCCCUGAUCCACCGUCAUCGUCCCGAUCUUAUCGAUUACAAUAAACUUAGCAAGGAUAAUCCUCUAGAGAAUUUGAACACUGCCUUCGAUGUUGCUGAGAAAUAUCUCGACAUUCCUCGCAUGUUAGAUCCCGAUGAUAUGCGAAAUACGCCAAAGACUGACGAGAGGGCUGUGAUGACCUACGUUUCUUCGUACUACCACUGUUUUAGCGGUGCACAAAAGGCAGAGACAGCCGCGAAUAGAAUCUGCAAAGUGUUGAAAGUGAAUCAGGAGAAUGAAAGGCUCAUGGAGGAGUACGAACGCCUGGCGUCCGAUUUACUGGAAUGGAUAAGACGAACGAUGCCCUGGCUGGCCAGUCGUCAAACCGAUAAUUCUCUUGCUGGCUGUCAGAAGAAAUUGGAAGAAUAUAGAACGUAUCGUCGUAAGCACAAGCCGCCGCGUGUCGAGCAAAAGGCUAAACUCGAAACGAACUUCAAUACUUUACAAACGAAAUUGAGACUGAGCAACCGACCCGCGUACAUGCCGACAGAAGGAAAAAUGGUCUCGGACAUUAACAAAGCCUGGAAAGGCUUGGAGUUGGCAGAGAAAUCGUUCGAAGAAUGGCUGCUAUCAGAAAUGAUGCGCCUCGAGCGUCUCGAGCAUUUAGCUCAGAAAUUCAAGCACAAAGCUGACGCACACGAGGAAUGGACAGCAGGAAAGGAGGAGAUGCUCACUUCGCAGCACUUCCGGCAAUGUAAACUCAAUGAACUCAAGGCUUUGAAGAAGAAGCACGAGGCCUUCGAGUCCGACCUUGCGGCUCAUCAAGACCGCGUAGAACAGAUAGCUGCUAUCGCGCAAGAACUCAAUACCUUGGAGUACCACGACAGUGCAUCCGUCAAUGCUAGAUGUCAACGAAUCUGCGAUCAAUGGGAUCGUUUGGGUACUCUCACUCAACGUAGACGCCAAGCAUUGGACGAGGCCGAACGUAUUCUUGAAAAGAUCGACGUUCUUCAUCUGGAGUUUGCUAAACGAGCUGCUCCGUUCAACAAUUGGUUGGACGGAACCAGGGAGGAUCUAGUGGAUAUGUUCAUCGUUCACACAAUGGAGGAGAUCCAAGGAUUAAUGGAUGCUCAUGCCGCGUUCAAAGCAACGCUCGGUGAAGCUGACAAAGAGUACAACUCGAUCGUGGGAUUGGUACGCGAAGUGGAGUCAAUAGUCAAACAGUUCCAAAUCCCCGGUGGCCUUGAAAACCCGUACACUACGCUCACUGCAUUGGAUCUUACAAAGAAAUGGAGCGACGUCAGGCAGCUCGUUCCACAACGUGAUGGUACAUUGCAAGCUGAACUCCGCAAACAACAGAAUAAUGAACUGCUUCGACGACAGUUUGCUGAGAAGGCAAAUGCCGUUGGACCAUGGAUCGAACGUCAGUUGGACGCAGUUACAGCUAUUGGUCUCGGUCUUCAGGGUACUUUGGAAGAUCAACUGCAUCGUCUGAAAGAGUAUGAACAGGCAGUCUACCAAUACAAAGCUCACCUAGAGGAAUUGGAGAAGAUUCACCAAGCUAUCCAGGAAGGCAUGAUAUUCGAGAAUCGAUACACUCAAUACACAAUGGAGACGUUACGAGUUGGCUGGGAACAACUUCUGACUUCGAUAAAUCGUAACAUCAACGAAGUUGAGAACCAAAUUCUCACCAGAGAUUCCAAGGGUAUUACGCAAGAACAACUUAACGAAUUCCGCAGCAGUUUCAAUCACUUUGACAAGAAUCGAACAGGAAGGUUGGCUCCUGACGAAUUCAAGUCCUGUCUGGUCUCUCUGGGUUACUCCGUUGGGAAGGAUAGGCAAGGCGACAUUGAUUUCCAGCGUAUCUUGGCUAUCGUUGAUCCAAAUAACUCCGGUUACGUACACUUUGACGCGUUCUUGGACUUCAUGACGCGCGAGUCUACAGACACGGAUACGGCCGAACAAGUUAUCGAUAGUUUCCGUAUUCUUGCCGGUGACAAGCCGUACAUCUUGGCAGACGAACUGAGGAGAGAAUUACCACCUGACCAGGCCGAAUACUGCAUUCAACGAAUGCCUCCUUACAAAGGACCUAAUGCUUCUCCUGGAGCAUUAGAUUAUCGUUCUUUCUCCACCGCUUUGUACGGUGAAUCUGAUUUGUAAAUUUACAUAUCAAAAGAAAAAAAAGAAAAGAAACAAAACUAGGAGAAGAUGUUUUUGGACGAUUCCCACUUGAAAAGCAAGUCAAAUGAUAUCCGAAAAGUUUGCUCUACGUUUUUGGUACUCAAACAGCACCUCUGCAAGUCAAGAAUAUCAACGCGAGUAAGAAACCAUUAUUUAGUAUCAAAGAGUACAGUACAAUGUUCGGAGCGUUUGUAAGAAAAGGGGCUCUAAUAGUUUAAUACGCGUUACGAGUGUUAUCAAUUUUUUAUUCGUGAUAUUGUUUUAACGCAAAGGAAUCUGAACGCGAGGCAUAUCGAUAAGUUUUGAUACACCAGUAUUUUGCUAGGAUGAUUACCUCCAUUGCGAAACAAAAUCAUCGUAUUAGCGUUGAACGAAGGUGGUUCGUACUUAAAUUAACUCUGUACAGUGACAAUAAAUGUCCAAAUUUAGAUACCUUGACGUUAGAAGGAUAACACGCAUUCGAACGCAACCAGGCUCUUCUAGAACGUUUGCUUCUUACCUAUGGCUACGAUGAAUCCUAUAAUUAGUAAGUUAAUUCUUCAAUUGUAUAUAAAUGUCCCCGAGAGAAGUCACACGAGUACCAAUAAUAAAGAAAAUGAAUAAGCAUUUCCUUUUCGCAAGCGUUCCAGAAAAGGAAAAAUAACGAAAGUGUCGGAAACGAAUAUUAUAUUUAACAAAACAAAAAACAAAAAAAAAAUGAGACGAAAAAGGAGAACGCAAUCGAACAAUUUAUUGCGUGUAAUUAUCGCUGGCGUCGAUAUUGUAGCCUUACGUAUCGUUGAAAAAAUAAUCGAAACACUUUUUCGACAAAGAAGGAAAUUUAACACGCAUUUCAUUUAAUUUCAAUGAAACUUUGCUUAUUUUCGAUGAAUCUUUAAUUUAUCUAAACGAGAAACAAUUAUAUUAGUUGUGUUCGAAAAAAAAAAAACGUUACUUGAGCGUCGCACAGUUCCUAAACACGUUCCUGCGGGUCAGCAGUUAUUUUCAUUGUUUGUCGCGAAAAGUCAUGUUCAUUGAGCGAAUGACUACGAAGAGUCGCUUGGCUGGAACGUAAGGUAUAAAUCGAGGUUUGCGUACCGUGCGAAAAAAAAUUCAUGAUAUAUAUGUGUAUAAAUUAAGGAUAAUUAACGAUACAAACGAAUUUUUGGAAAUCCUUACAAACGUACGAAUCGACUUUCUCGCUAAGGAUCCAGAAAACAUAUAACGCUCGAAAUCGAAUAUAACGUUCAUAUUUUUUAUAUAAGCGGCGUACACGAAUUUUUUAAAUGAGAAAAAAAAAAAGCCGCCUUUAUACUUCGCCGAUCGUACAUUAAAUGAUAGAAACGCGAAACGAUGCUAAAGAAAGCAAAUUUAUUUAUUUAUUUGAAUUAAAUGAUUAUUUAUUAUUGUUCCGAUAAUUAAUUACGGUAGUGAGCGAAGCCACUUUUUCAAAGUAUUUAUUUUUAUAAAUAUUUCGAGGGAAGUGAUAUAAAAACGAAAGGCCACUGUAAUAUAUAUAGGACCUAAUGUGUAAAAUUUCCAAAUAGCAGCUGCCAUUUCUUGUGUCAUGUGUAUCGGUGAAUCACAGUUUACACUCAGCAGCCUGAAAACUCAUUUAGUCCAAUCAUUAUCGUCCAAAUCAUUAUUAUUAUUAUUAUGUAAGAUCAUGAAAGUUGCUCGUGUGUGAAAUGCAAUUACUUAUUCGAGAGAGAGGAAAACAAAGUAUACUGUAACUACUUUUUUUUUCGCUUGAGGCUUAAUGCUUUUUCAUUGUCUAUCUUAAUGCGUUUUCAGAGUUCAUUUUAAUUUCUCGUACCUCUAUUUUCGUUAAAGAAAGAAAAAGAAAAAAAAGAGUAUUGGGCUUUUCACAGAGACGAAUUAUAAACGAAAAGAAGCACAGAAGAAUCUACCGAACGGUAUACAUUUAGACACAACACGCACACGCACACACAUGCACUACUCGCGUACAUACAUAUACACCGAAAAGAAACCAUGAAUAUUCGUGAUUACAAAAAAAUGUAUAAUAAAUUUGAAAUCUCGUACGUAUAUGUAUGAUGUAGGUAUACAGCUGAAAUGAAAUUUUCGUUCGAAAAUUGUAUUUUCGAGAGAGACUUGGUCAUAUCGUGUCAUACUAUUAUACACGUAAACAUUCUCAUCGAUAAUCGUAUAUACGUAUAAUUACAAUUCUUAUAAUUUUAUUCUACUCAAUGUAACUGUUACGAUUAUAAUUCGAUCCGACCAUCCGCCCGGCACAGUCGUCUCGCAUCGCAUAGUAUAUACACUUGUCGACCAACUCUACUCUAUAGUUUCGCCUAUUUCAUCUUCCUAAACUGGUCUCGGAUAUUGUAAAAUCAGAACACGUGGAAAAGAGGAAAAGUAGAAAGAAAGUAAAGAAAUAAGCCUUUGCAAAAGGAAGGGAGACCCGCUCAACAUUUAUACCGGAGUAACAAAGGCGACAAGGCUUGGAAUAUUGUUUUUCAGACAUGACCUAGUAUGCGUCAUAUCACGCGGGCGAUAUAACGAAGGAUAUUUAAAUAAAAAUUUCUAAC